GGCGGCUUUCCGUCUACGUCAUCACAGGAUGCGCGCGCGUCCUCGGCGCAGAAAAAGCGGAAGUUCAAACAAAAAGAUGUGAGGAUUUGCGUGUUUUUUGCUUCAUAAAAUAUAUCAAUAUGCCUAACUGUUGCGUGAAAGGGUGUACCAAUCGGACCGCUCAUGGACCGCCGUUAAGAUUUUAUGCAAUUCCAAGAGGAAACAGGCCAUUUCAGAAAUACAGAAGGGGCCUUUGGCUGGAAGCUAUCAAACGAACAGACUGGAACGAACAGAUCAUCAAGAAUGCCCGUGUUUGCGCUGCUCAUUUCAUAUCUGGUAAGUUAUCACGACUGUAUGGUUUCUUUUAACGUGGAUGUCAUGAAAUGUACGUUAAGUGGAGUAACAAAGUUGUGUUGUUUGCUAGUAGUAACUGAGAUCGAUGCUGAAGUAAGAGCAGGAUUUACAAACAACAUCGCGUUGACUUGCCAAUUAGUGAAGUGGAAACAUCUAGUGUGCAAAAGUUCGUGUUUUUUUUUUUACUGCAGUCUAACAAGCCCUUGUCUUUAUCCCUAACCUCCUUCACUAAAUUGAACUCUUCUUCACCAUCAUGUUACUAAUUCAGCAGUGAGCUUUACUGUACACUAGUUUUUUCCACGUUCCACACUUCUCAGACAGCCAUCGCCCCAGCAUCAUUGUUAUGGCGGCCAUCUUGCUUCAUGCAGCUCGCCCACUCAUAACAUAACAGUCCACGGUGCAUGUAGCAUUUAAAUAACCUUAAAUUGCUUAAGGCAGUUAUAUUAAAUCAUUUAUAUAUAAAACAUUCGUUCAUUCCAUGUAUGUUAUAUUAGUAAUAUUUCUAUUAUAGGGUUAACUAUAGUAACAUAAAGUAAUAAUAUGUAUAUAAAUUUCUGCCUCAUGUUGACAUUUCAGAUGUUUUUAACAAACCACACAGCUUGGAAAACAUGUGCAAGUUAAGUUAUGUUGAAACAAAAGAGCAUCUCUGCCUCUCCUUCAAGUCCUUACACACUGGGACCACUUUUGUCGUGUGAUUAUCUCGGACGUCAGUAUUUAUUUUUUUUUUAACCCGAAUCCUGUCAAUACAAGCGUUCACAUCAGCGACGUUUUCCCAUUCUGCGAUAUUGCGGCAUGUAUUUUUCCGGAUCAUGGUUGAUUUUUCUAAAGUUUCGCAUACUGUGUGUCUACGUCUGACCAAUCAGAUUGCGUGUUUUUGCGACGUCAGAUUCACCGGUAUGUCCAACAUGGCCGGCCGGGAGAGUCAUAGCGUCGAAUUUCUGAUAUGACGAUGUUUUGUGUGCUUUCACAGUUUGCUAAACGUCUUUUGUUUUAACUGUAAUCUGUGCUAACGUAAGCUAACAGUUGUUACCACAGUUUCAUGUGCUUAUCUAGUAAUGGCCCCGACUCAGUACAUGCUGUCAUGACAGAAAGCCAUAUAACACUAGUGUCUAGUGUCUAGUCCUCUGCCUCUUCAAACUUGGAGCUAAUGGUUUCAGCAGAACUUCAAAUUGUCCAACGGACAUCCAAAAAUAGGUUCUGAAGCGACCAUGGUACAGUUUCAGCUCCUGAACCAAGCAGUGAAACUCACCAAGUUCUCUUCUUUUUAUUUAAUAUUGGAUGCACCCAUGGGUUUAAUUUUCUUUUGAGAAAGCAAAAGGAGUACCAAUUUGCCAUCACUUGAAGUUGGAGUAGACUCCAUUUUCGUCCUCCCGCUUCCACCAGGGAGGCUGUUGGUUGUUAAAGGAAGGUCCUGCCCUCCUUCGCCUCUGAUUGGCUAUAAGUGCUGACCGUUUGGCUUGAGCAUGUGAUGCAGAGCAGUGGAUUAAACAGAGUGGCGGUAACGUCAGAUCUCGCUGCUGGAGCAGUCCCGUGGUUCAUGUACCCCUCAAUAGUUCCAAGCGCAGCCGGCACUGUCCAUGCUCUUUACGGGACAGACUGCAGUGAGCGCGCAUUUAAGAGGUAAAUAUUAAAAUCAACCGGAAAAAGUCAACAUUUGCAACUCUUAUUGGAUUACUGUGUCCACAUCAAAGUCACUUACGUAUAUUUAGUGGCUGGAUGACAAAUAAAAGUGAAAUAAGACAAGUUUGUCUGGGUGUGUUUUUGGAGGGAAAACUUUGCUAGCUUAACUAACUGGAGAAUAAGGAACCAAAUCGUAACCUGUGAUCUCUUAUUUAGCAACAUAAGGCUAUUCUUGAACACUCUCUGACAUUGGAUAAUGAUGAUAAAUUAUGAUUUUCAUUCAGAGAUUUUAUUUCGGCAAGUUAGAUGAAUGUCACAACCGUGUGUGUGUGUGUGUGUGUGUGUGUGUGUGUGUGUGAAAACAAGAUGUCAAUACAGGUGAGAGUUGACUGUUACCACCAAUGCUACUGGACAAUCACAGAUACAUACAAAACAUUACAUAUAAACACAUUUAAUAAAAUCAUAUGUCAUUUUCCCACAUUUCCACACUACAGCAGCGGUGAAUAACAGAGAAGCUCUUCAGAAUGUCUUGCAAUGUUAUAAAAGUAUUCAUCUUUUCAGCUCUGAUUUAUAAUGCAGGUCUCAGGGAUGACUGUUAAGGGACAUAUUGUCCACUUUUACACAACAUUUGAGGCUUGACAGCUAAUUAUUUUUACGUUUACCAUUGUACAGUAUAGAGACCAGUGAUGGUUGGCUGUGCAGCAUUCGGGUGCACCAACCGCUCAGAGAGGGGCCAUCGAAUGUAUGGUUUCCCAAAAGGAAAGGAGAGGCAGAAGAGAUGGCUGGCAAUGGUCAGCAUACAAAAUUUUGAUGUCGAGGCUGGCAAUUGCAACAGCAGAAAGAUAUGUCAGGUAAAUGUUUAUAAAUGUGACGUACAACAGUUUAAAUUUAUAAGGUCAUUUUAUUAGAGCAUACAGAACAACAUUUCAAUUCUAUCUUGCGUGUACAUUUAACACUGAUUUUAAGAGUCUCCCUGCAGGUGCAUUUUGAGGACAGUCAAUUUAUUUCUACAAAAAAAGGACGCCUCAGGUUAAGACAUGAUGCCGUACCCACCUUAUUUGGCCAUCAUCAAUGGCCAACGAGAGGGAGAGCUCCCGAACGGCACACAUCUUCAACAGAGGUUCACUUGCCAAGCGAUGACCACAACUACUGUACAAGAAAUGAUUUUGGUAUGAUACACAGUUGUCUCUACAGGCAUCUUGAUAUAUUUGUAAAGAAAAAUUUGGAUUUAAGGAAUAGUUAACCCUGAUUUGACAAGGGUUGGGUUUGUUUCCCCACAGUCAGUGUGGUUCAACAGCUGCGACCCAUCGCCCGCGGAGUCCUGUGAGCGCAGUUCUUUAGUUCUCAGUUUCAACUACAUGGAGCUACUUCCUGUAGCAUCAAAACCUGUUCAGGACCACGCUCACGGGACACCUAGGGGGGGUUGAGUAGCAGCUGAUGAACCACACUGACUUUUAAAAACAAACAACACUAGUCAAAUCAGGGCAUACUAAAAUUAAAAUCAUAUUACGUAUAAAGGGGUCCCUCGAUAUCAAUAACACACAUAUUGGCAUUAAACUUGUUGAUAUUUUAUCAUUUUACCUAACGGCAUCCGACAUGACAGGCGGCCAUGUUGGAACUAUUGAAAGUUCCAUAACCCGGAAGUGGGGUCCGCCGGGCUGCACAGCGUAUGCCUAUGGGAGUGUCGCCACUCUGUUUAAUCCACUGCUCUUAUGUGAUGGCGUUUCCAGCUUUUCUAGCCAAUCAGAGGCGAAGGAGGCGGGACUUUCCCCCGGAAAAGUCUUCCACCGGGAUGCGUCCUUCUCCCCCGGAAAGUCGCAAAAUCGCAUGAUGUUUAUAGUCAGGCGCGUCAAAAUUUGCCUCUGAAUAUUUUCUGAUUUCGCAUUCUAUAUUUGUGUUGGCCCCGGUGUGUAAGGACCUUACUGAUGUAAAACUGCUUGGUCAACUUUGUAAUAAGUGUUCUCACUCACAGCCAGUCUGUUAGCCAAGUUAGACAGCUGAUAAACACGCACAUCCACAUCCGACCGCCACUUUGACAAAAAAAAAAAUGCUGUCAUACAAAAAAAAUGUGACUCCACCUCGAUUCAUCUAGCCUGUCUUAUUUAUGUUAUUUAUGUCCUUCACCAAAUUUACCUCUUCCUCACCAUCAUGUUAGCUGGUAACUAAUUCAGCAGUGAGCUUUACUGCACACUUGUUACAUUACACUCUACAUUACCUAUUAGACAGCUAUCGCCCCAUCAUCAAUGCAAUGGUGUGUGCCCUGGCUGCCCCAUAUCUGACAUGAGCAUUUCAUAACCCUUCAGCAGCUGUAUUUGGCUAAUGUGUGUAUGUGUCUCUUGCAUUGCAGGUGCGAUGUCGCUGGACUACAAGGAUCCUGAUUUUGUGCCCUCAGUGUUUUCAAACACAACACAAAACCAGAACCCAGAGGCAAAGAUCCAAGGGUAAGAAUUAUAAAUGUCUGUAUAUAUAAUAGUAUAAUACUUUUUCUCCAUUUUGUGUACAAAUCAUCAAGACCUGAACCCUGUCUGAGCCACGCCUCUGAAAUCCUGAGGGCAUUUUUGAGAAGAGUGCCCAGAUCCUGAGGUUAACAAAAAAGCUGAUAUCUCAGCCUCUGUAGCAGAUAAAAACAAAAUUCAAAACGUAUUUUAGAGCUUAUACACGUGGCUUCCAAGAUAAAUAUCUUUUCACAUCACAUUUUUGAAAACCUUGAACAAACAAACUCAAAUGAAAUAAAGCGGCUGUAUAAAUAAAAGUGAAUGCUCUGCACUGGAGAAUAACAAACAUUUUGCUUUCUGUCAAACAAAUGGCAGUCAUGAUAAAGUGUCCAUUCAAUACAAAUGUAAAAAUAAAAAAUAAAGUGUUGAAAGAAUAUGCAGCUGCCCCAGUGUAGUACAAAUACAAAAGCAGCUCUAAAAAGUAAUAAAUAAAUAAAUAGGUGGCUGACAGUGUGUUCAUGUCUGUGCUCACCCAAAUUCAUGCAACACUCACAGAAAAUGCCGAUAGUGUGAACCAAAACACUCAAUAUGAAGAGAUUGUUCACACUGCUGGAUGCUUCUCCUCUGAAGCUGCUCUCUGCCUCCACCAUUGUUUACUUUCUUCAUGAAGCACGUAGUAAGAUCCCAGCAUAAAUCCUAUCACUGUAUGAAGCUUUAUUAGCCUAUCAGAGGCAGUAUGACGGUGGCAUGAUGACUUGAUUCGCCACGACUUCAGAAAUGAUUGAAAAACCACAGAAUGUUACUAAAUGACGUAUCCGUGCUGCCGAAUUUGAAGGUUAAAAUGCGUACAUGCUGUCCCGGUUUAAAUGGGUUAACAUGGGGUUUGAAUCUCUUGUAAAACAGUUUGAGCUCAUUCAUUUGGGUUGUGAACAGUAUUAAUUAUUGUUUUUGUUACAUUCUACAGAAAAGAGAAAAAGGCUGGAGGAAAAGCGGUUGCUCCGCCAAAGCAAAACGCUUCCAAAACUUCUGAAGAGGUCACCAGCAUGGAUCAGAGUCCUGGUAUGUGUGUGCCCUGGCUGCCCAGUAUCUGACAUGAGCAUUUCAUAACCCUUAAGCAGCUGUAAUUGGCUAAUGUGUGUAUGUGUAUCUUGCAUUGCAGAUCAGAUGUCACUGAACAACCAGAAUCCAGUUUUUGUGCCCUCACUGUAUUUAUUGACAACACCAAACCAGAACCCAGAGGCAAAGAUCCAAGGGUAAGAUAUAUUGGUCGCUGUGUUUUGUUAUGUCUGUGUAGUCAACAUUCAAAAUUUUUUUUAGAUCCUGCCUACCCCACAUUUAAUUGAUUUAAUUAUUGUUUUUGUUUCGUACGUCAGAAAAGAGAAACAGGCUGAAAGAAUAGUGUUUUCUCCGUCAAAUCCAAAUGCCUCCGGAUCUCCUGCAGGGGUCACCAGCAUGGAUCACAGUCCUGGUAAGUGUAGCCGGUGUCACUCUGUGCUUCUGCAUUGUGUAAUGGUUGGACCAUGUAAAAAACAAAACCCUCAGUACCCCUCCACUCCACCCUACACUCCUCCUCCUUUGCUCAUUGCCCAUGUCCUUAUUCCUAACCUCCUUCACCAAAAUGAACUCUUCCUCGCCCUCAUGUUAGCUGGUAACUAAUUCAGCAGUGAGCUUUACUGCACACUAGUUACUUCCAUAUUACUUCUUAGACAGCUAUUGCCCCAUCAUCAAUGCUAUGGUGUGUGCCCUGGCUGCCCCAUAUCUGACACGAGCAUUUCAUAACCCUUAAGCAGCUGCUUUUGGCUAAUAUGUGUGUGUGUGUGUAUCUUGUAUUGCAGGUCAGAUGUCACUGAACAACCAGAAUCCAGUUUUUGUGCCCUCACUGUAUUUAUUAACAAAACCAAACCAGAACCCAGAGACAAAGAUCCAAGGGUAAGAACUAUAAAUGUCUGUAUAAUAGUAUAAUACUUAGCAAUAAGGUAUGAAUUUGUGUUUUUUUCUCCAUUUUGUACAAAAUCAUUAUCCCAUUGAACCGAUAAUUUAACUUGGGUUUUGGAUCUCUUGUAUAACAGCUGAGCUCAUUCAUAUUUGUUGAGAACAGUAUUAAUUGAUUUAAUUAUUGUUUUUGUUUGGAACGACAGAGAAAAGAAACAGACUGAAAUAAUUUUCAUUAUUCCAUCAAAUCAAAAUGCUUCUGCAUCAUCUUCUGCUCCUUCUAAAGAGGUCACCAGCAUGGAUCACAGUCCUGGUAAGUGUGGCCGGUGUCAUUCUGUGCUUCUGCAUUGUGUAGUAGUUGUACCAUGUAAAAACAAAACCCCCUUAAUACCCCUCCACUUCACCCAACACUCCUCCUCUCCUCCUUUGCUGAUUCCUUUGGCCCUCUUUUCCUUAUCCCUUACCUCCUUCACCAAAUUUGACUCCUCUUCACCAUCUUGUUCGCUAGUAACUAAUUCAGCAGUGAGCUUCACUGCACACUAGUUUCUUCCAUAUUACUUCUUAGACAGCUAUCGCCCCUGCAUCAUUGUUAUUGUGUGCACCCUGGCUGCCCCAUAUCUGACAUGAGCAUUUCAUAACCCUUAAGCAGCUGUUUUUGGCUAAUGUGUGUAUGUGUAUCUUGUAUUGCAGGUCAGAUGUCACUGAACAACCAGAAUCCAGUUUUUGUGCCCUCAGUGCUUUCACACUCAAAACCAAACCAGAACCCAGAGGCAAAGAUCCAAGGGUAAGAACUAUAAAUGUCUGUAUAAUAGUAUAAUACUUAGCAAUAAGGUAUGAAUUUGUGUUUUUCUCCAUUUUGUGCACAAAAUCAUAACCCCAUAGAACCUAUUAAUCAACAUGGGGUCUGGAUUUCUUGUAUAACAGUUUGAGCUCAUUCAUUUGGGUUAAGAACAGUAUUAAUUAAUUUAACUAUUGUUUUUGUUUGGUACAACAGAGAAAAGAAACGGGCUGAAAUAAUUUUGCUUAUUACGCCGAAUCAAAAUGCUUCUGCAUCAUCUUCUGCUCCUUCUGAAGAGGUCACCAGCAUGGAUCACAGUCCUGGUAAGUGUAGCCGGUGUCAUUCUGUCCUUCUGCAUUGUGUAAUGGUUGGACCAUGUAAAAACAAAAGCCUCAAUACCCCUCCACUCCACCCAACACUCCUCCUCUCCUCCUGUGCUGAUUCCAACAAGCCCUUUUCCUUAUCCCUUACCUCCUUCACCAAAUUUACCUCUUCUUCACCAUCAUGUCUGCUAGUAACUAAUUCAGCAGUGAGCUUUACUGCACACUAGUUUCCUCCACAUUACUUCUUAGACAGCUAUCGCCCCUGCAUCAAUGCAGUGGUGUGUGCCCUGGCUGACCCAUAUCUGACAUGAGCAUUUCAGAACCCUUAAGCAGCUAUUUUCGGCUAAUAUGUGUAUCUUGUAUUGCAGGUCAGAUGUCACUGAACAACCAGAAUCCAGUUUUUGUGCCCUCAGUGAAACAAGAAAAGAAAGAGGCUGAAAUAACUUUGGUUACUCUGUCAAAUCAAAAUGCUUCUGCAUCAUCUUCUGCUCCUUCUAAAGAGGUCACCAGCAUGGAUCACAGUCCUGGUAAGUGUAGCCGGUGUCACUCUGUGCUUCUGCAUUGUGUAAUGGUUGGACCAUGUAAAAACAAAACCCUCAAUACCCCUCCACUCCACCCAACAUUCCUCCUCUCCUCCUGUGCUGAUUCCAACAAGCCCUUUUUCUUAUCCCUUACCACCAAAUUUACCUCUUCUUCACCAUCAUGUCUGCUAGUAACUAAUUCAACAGUGAGCUUUACUGCACACUAGUUUCUUCCACAUUACUUCUUAGACAGCUAUCGCCCCUGCAUCAUUGUUAUGGUGUGUGCCCUGGCUGCCCCAUAUCUGACAUGAGCAUUUCAUAACCCUUAAGCAGCUGUUUUCGGCUAAUAUGUGUAUGUGUAUCUUGUAUUGCAGGUCAGAUGUCACUGAACAAUCAGAAUCCAGUUUUUGUGCCCUCAGUGAAACAAGAGGAGAAAGAGGCUGAAAUAACUUCGGUUAUUCCGUCAAAUCAAAAUGCUUCUGCAUCAUCUUCUGCUCCUUCUAAAGAGGUCACCAGCAUGGAUCACAGUCCUGGUAAGUGUAGCGGUUGUCAUUCUGUGCUUCUGCAUUGUGUAACGGUUGGACCAUGUAAAAACAAAACCCCCUUAAUACCCCUCCACUCCACCCAACACUCCUCCUCUCCUUCUUUGCUGAUUCCAACGACCCUCUUUUUCCUCCUUUUUUCCUGUUCUCGUUACUCCUGUCCUCCUUUUGUCAUUACAUCUUUCCUCCUUCUAUCCUGUUCAUCACUCUUGAUUCAUGUACGACUAUAAACACUGUCAGGGGUGUGUGCAAUAGCUGCAUUUGUGUCACACUCACCCCCAACCUUUUUCUUACAGGGUUGUGAAUAAAAAUGUACUAAUUGUUCUCUCUCAUGCUAAAGCUAAGGAGGACAAUCCAUGCACAAAGAAAGAGUACGAUGACCUGAACAAGAGGUACGCCCGGCUGGAGAAUGACCACAUCAACCUGCUGGAAGAGUGUCAACGGCUACGGGACGAACAUAAGAGACUAAAAGAGGAGAGGACUAAAAGAUCUACUUUUUCUUACUCAAGUAUUAACACAGUCCAGCUGUUGUUUUUCACUGGAAUCACAUCUGUGCUCUUUGACUGGUUGUGCACCAAAAUCAACGGCAGUGUGAAAACAAUUAGCACAAACCUGUCUCUACAGGAUCAUCUUUUGAUUGUGUUAAUGAAACUAAGGCAGGGCCUAACUAACACUGAUUUAGCCUUCAGAUUUGAUGUCUCAACAGCCACUCUAUCCAGAAUUCUGCGGAGCUGGUUACCUGCUUUGGCCAUAGUACUCAAGCCACUUAUAACAUGGCCAAGUAAGGGAGCUACACUGAGGCGUAUGCCCAGAAUCUUCCACCGCAAGUUCAAAAGAUGCCGUUGUAUAUUAGCUCGCACAAAGAUUUCCAUCAAUAGACCCAGUAUCAUGACCUCCAGGUCCCGGUCGUGGUCAAAUUCUAAACACAAUAACACCAUGAAAUAUUUGAUUGGCAUCACUCCAGCUGGAGCAAUUUCAUUUCUCUCAAAAGGGUGGAGUGGGUGGGUUUCUGACAAGAGGAUAACUAAGGAGUCCGGGUUUUAUGAUCUUUUGGAAUCUAAUGAUGAGAUUUUGGCAGAUAGAGGAGUUCUUAGUGCGGAAGAACUCGCAGCCCGUGGUGCCACCCUUCGCGAGCCAGCUUUAGCUUUUACUAAAAGCAAAAAGCAACUUUCCGCACAGGCCAUUGACACGUCGAGACAACUAGCUUGUGUCAGGAUACACAUUGAACAGGUGAUGAGAAGGUUGAAGAACUUCAGGAUUUUGCAAACAAGAAUUCCAGUGUCACAGGUUGACUUUCUUGAUGAUGUUGUAGUUGUGUGCGCUGCCCUAACAAACCUUCGUGGAAGUGUUGACUGAGCAAAAACUACUUAUGAGACCUCGUUAAAUGUUCAUUUAAGCUAUUCUAUUGAAUAAAUACUUGUAUUCCGAUUUUGAAUUCAGGAAAAUAAACCCUUAAAACCACUUAUUUACAAAAUGAUGCAGGUCAGAUGUUUUCUAUGAAUGUACUCUGAAACAAAAUGCAAAAAAUAAAAAAAAGUUUUUAUAGUUGCACGCUGAACAUUACUCUGAAAUGA